CAUCGUAAUUUUCUAUUCGGCGACCGACACUGGUCGCAAUCGUUUGUUGCUAUCUUUAACGAGACUUUGACGUUCGCUUACGGAAAGGUGGCCGGAUCAGUCGACUUUGCAUCUAGUAUUUCGUACUUUAGUUCGAUACAGGCGACCUUCGAAGAUCACUCGAAGGUGGACUUGUAUCCUGUAGAAAUCGUUCCUUUGUUCCGCGUAAGGUAAAGAGCCUUUGUCCGUCGAGAUGCCUAUUUGCAAGUGCGAGGACCGCCUAAACGGAAAGGACCACACGUGCCAGACGAGGCCUUCCGUCGAAAAUACCGAAUGCGGGGAAGAGACCAAGGUGUACGAUGAAGCGGUUAGAUACAGAGAUGGAUCCGUACGGCUUCGAAAUCCAAACAUCGAGCUCAUGGAUCAAGAUAUUCUGUAUCAUCUUGCCCUAGGCAGCGGUUCCAACGAUCUCGUGGAGAUGUUCGGCGACGUAAAGUUCGUGUGCAUGGGUGGAACCCCAAAACGGAUGGAACAAUUCGCUUAUUACAUUAUGAAGGAAAUAGGUCACAAGCUUCCAGCUGGAACGACGCUUCUUGACAUUAGCCGGUAUUCGUACCGGUACUCUAUGUAUAAGGUCGGGCCUGUACUUUCCAUUAGUCAUGGAAUGGGCAUCCCGUCGGUUGGAAUUCUCCUCCACGAGAUGAUCAAGCUGAUGUAUCACGCGAAAGUGAAGGAUCCGAUAUUCUUUAGGAUCGGUACUUGCGGUGGAAUCGGCAUCGAGGGCGGUACAGUUGUAAUUUCCGAAGAAACGGUCGAUGGAAUGCUGAAACCCUACUUGGAACUGUCUGUGCUCGGGAAAAUGGUGAGAAGGCCAGCCAAGCUCGACCGGCAAUUGACUCACGAUCUGAAGGCUUUAGCCCACCGCGACGAUCCUUACGACACCGUGGUCGGCAAAACUAUGUGUACUUACGACUUCUACGAAGGACAAGGUCGACUGGAUGGCGCGUUUUGCGAGUUCUCGGAGAACGACAAAAUGGAGUACUUGACCAAGCUACACAAAAGCGGGAUAGUAAAUAUAGAAAUGGAAAGUCUCUCGUUCGCAGCUCUCACCCAUCAUGCUGGCAUCCAAUCCGCUGUCGUCUGCGUGUCAUUGCUCGAUAGAUUGAAGGGCGAUCAGGUGUUGGCACCGAAGGAAGUCCUGGACGAGUGGCAAAUAAGACCGCAACAAUUGGUCUCCCGUUACAUAACGAGAUACCUUCAACGAAAAGGCCGCCUCUCCCUCGAAGGUCAUGGAUCGAUGUACGUCAAGAAUCCACGUCGGUUCAAACUGGUGCAACAAGAAUCGGAAAACUACGAUUAAAUUUACGUCGCGCCGAGUAAAAGUUUUGCAAAGAGGCCCCUACUUUUGCAUGUAUGAAAAAAAAAGAUGAUUCUUUUCGAAGAGGUUACAUGCAAACGAUAUAAAGUACGUUAAAAAGUACAUGCUUGUGCUUUAUACGCGAAGAAAUAUAUAAUUUGGAAUGUAACGCGGAGGUCUUAAUUGUUGUUUUGGUAUAGUAGAUGAAAUGCUUUACAAUGUAUUUGUUUUACAAACUUUCGAGGCUAUAUACUUACGUCAGUAUUUGAAACGUUCAAGUUUUUGUUAAGUUUUAUAACAAUUGCGAGAAAGAAGCUCAGAGAAUCACAAACCUCAUCAGUUCUACCAUCGCAAUGUGGUAAUUAAGUACAAAGCAAUCAAGGUAUUCGAACUAUACAUCGCCCAGGCUAUGAGAAUCAUAUUUAACGACCAUACUUGGCCACAUAUCUAUUGUCCGUGGAUUUCUGGAAAUUCUUAUUUUAAACGGUGAUUAUAGUUAUAUGCGAAGCGUUCGUAUAUUCUUCGACCAAGGAAACCCCAAUUAUUUAAAAUAUGAAAAUAUCGUGACGAUUUUAAAAACUUUUGAGUGUGGAGUGUUCUGCGAUGUAUCUAUGAAUAAUUUAUUGUAGGCCUGGGUUGCUCGCGGUUCAUUUUAAUUUUUAUGAAAUCAAUAUAUCAUUGAAUUUCGUUUCAGGAAUGUAUAAAGUACUUAUUCAAUAAUAUUAACAUUCUAUGUAUUAGUGAAGACGAGUAGUAUUUAGUAGUACAUUCUAAAUAGUUUAGGUAAUAAUGUAUGCUUUUGUUUAGCCUUCGUUUGUGGUGUGAUUGAGACUCGUAUACAUGUAUAUCAUAUUAUACUGCAAAAUUCGUGCGAUGGACACGUCAUAUCUAAAAUUGAGAUUGGAUUAGGAAUUUGAAAAAUAACAUAGCGAAGUGAUGUGGUAUUUACUUCCGUCUUAAACAUUCCAUUGCCCUAAAACUUUGUUCUUAAAUAGCGAACUUGAAAAAUAAGUAGAACCAAUGAAAUUAAUUCCUUAAUCCUGUCUCAACGUUACAACACAGUACAGUUUUGUGGCCGAUGAAAUUAUUAAAAUUAUUGGCCAUAAACCCAGUUGCGAUUUCCUUUCCACGAAGAAACCAAAACUGGACGUGAUACUUUGUAAGAAAUUAAAGUAGAGAAGUUAAAGUAGUUAACGUUAUUAAGCGGUUUUGGGCUUUAUUCGUAAGGAUUCCAUGUUAUAUAUAUAUUUUUAAACCGUGUGUUUUUGUAUCUUAAUACAGUUUGUUGGUUAAAUUAUAUGUCGACUCUUGUUGCGGAAUAAAGGUAAGAAAUCGAUUAAACUAACAAUUAUUGGAUAUCUAAGUAUUACUUUAAGCACAAUCCUAUAGAAUAUUAUUCCAUUAGCGUUUCUUGCUUCUGACAACAAUCUUACUUAUUUUCUGAGAACAAGAGUUUAUCAUAACAUUAUAAUAAUGUUGUACGACUUUUAUUGAUUACGUAGGUAUUAAAUAUUAUUAUUUCGCAAAUAAGUAGACAAAGUUGGAUCGUAACACUGUCCGACAAAUUGAAAUUUCUUUUUUCUUUAUUUUUUGGUUUUCAAUAACCAUUGGGUGAUUCUCCACUUGACUAUUACAAAAAAUAUCAAAUAUUAUGUAUUUACACAAAGUUAUACAUAACUUUGGCCCUGCUGGAGUGUGGACGGUUUCUUCUUCAGAAAUGUUUACAAAAUCCAAAAUUAGACAAAGUUUUCUAGAUAAAAAUACAAAAAUAAUGCGGAGGAACUACUCUUUCAAAUUUUAAUAUUAAUUUAUAAACAAAACAAUUAAUAAAUUGUAUACCACUAUAUUUGGAAAACUUACCUCUAUCUUUUAAGACUAAUUAGAACCGUCCUGCCAGUUUUUACUUUCCAUGUGAUAACUCAUUUUUGUCAAAAAUUCUGAGUUUUUCGAAAACUGGGAGUAAUACAGCAAUUUUUGUUUGGGAGACUCUUGAAGAUCACCCAGUAGUUAUUGAAAGGCAAAAUACGCGUUGGACAGCGUAAUGAUUACUCGUACCAUUUAAAGCAAUGGAACAGCAAACAUAAGGCAUUAAAUACAUUCUGUAAAUGUGUUCAAAGAAAGAAAAAAAAAAUUGUAUACUGCUCUAACGAUUAUGCCACACGCAUAUAUGUUGAAAUGUUUGACAAACGUUCAUUUUACACUCUUGCUAUUUAAUAUUUCGAAAAAUACAAAAUAACGAACGGUGCAUGUAUCGAUCAUAGUGCUUGUUUUCGCGCCAAUUUGUUAACGGUCUCGCCAAAGAAAGAUCCGAUCUUUCCACGUCGAUAAUUAUUAGUAACGAUCCAGCGGAACCGUAAUAAUAUGAAAAAUGAUCGUACGUUGCUCGCGAAGGUAUUUUUCUGCUGAAAUGAUAUCACAUGCUUGUAUAUCGAUGUUCAACAUAUGACAUAUUUAUCACGCGGAACGCACAAUUGCCUGUUUAAUGUUUAUUAUAUAACUUUGCAUAAAAGUUCAUGGUAACUGUUAAACGUUGUUGGUGUUACAAUCAUAGUUCAGCCUUGAAGUUCCGCGCGACGGUUCUUCGGUAUGUUAAUUAUAUUUUUGUGACAACCAGUUCCCGUGUUGUACUGUGUUUAGUAUAGUGUAGCCAGGCAUGCCCGAACCAGGUACCAGAGAGAGACAAAAUUCUUAUCCGAAUAAAUACUUUUUCCAAAUAGCAAAUAAAAGAUAGACAGCUUUUAAUCUUUUACGGGUUAUAUAAAAUGAAAUUGCUUCAUUGUAUAACUGUUCGAUCGAAUAAACGUUGCAAAUGAAUCGGUAUAACAGUUUUCUUGUCUAUUAAAUUUUGUCUGUCUGUGAUGCACGCUCAAUGUGUACGUAUUUUAGGAGAAAUGUUUGACGGAAGAAACUCGCGACAUCGUUGAUUUUCUCGGGCAUGCCUGAUGUAGCUAGUAUUAUUAUACAAUUGUACGAUACAUCUUCAUCGAAGUUGUUGAAAGCCAAGAGUAAAAUUACCUCCGUACAUUUACAUUCUCUUUAAAGGAAGAACAGUAGAACUUGAAAUCGAGUCUAUUUAAAAAAUCUGCUCCGAAUCAGCUGUACCUCUUAAAUAACGAUUAAACCAACUAAAUUUAAUUCAGAUAAAAUGUUAACUUAUAACCCAGGCGUAAAAGGUGGACUCAGAGGGAGUAAAGAAGGAGUAAAGUUUACUGCAUAUUAACGUUCCAACUAUCUGGAGUCGAUUUCAAUCUUCUGAGAAAUGCCUAAACUAUACAGAUACGUAAUUUAAGAAUAAUAGAACUUACGAGGUUCAAAUUAUCUUUACAUUCGAUAGCGCAAACCAAGUGAUUUAAGAAAAAGAAUGCGUACGUUCUCUUGUUUUAUGGGUAUAGGUUAUGUAUGCGUAAUUGUUUCAUGCAGCAAAAUUAGAUCGAUUACACCGUAACUCUAAAAGAAACCGAUUGGAUUGAUCGAGUAGUUUUGAAACGAGCAUUUUCGAUUUACCUGUUUCCGAGUUAAUAGAUAAGCGAUUCAAUUUACGGCGUUAAUCUUACAUUUUUAUUUUCUAUAAACAACGACAUAUCUGUGAUGCGUAUUAAGAAAUUACGAGAAGUAUUACAAGGAGUACCAAAUGUUAUUAUAUAUACAUGUAUUAAAUUUGAAUGGCUCUUCUCGGUCAUAUACAUAUACAUAGAUACAUGCCUACGUCGACGCGUCGUCGAUAAUUAUCAUCUAUUUAUUAAUAUCCAACUAUUCUGUGAAAUUCGUCACCGUUAAUCUAUAUCUUUUAAAUUAUCCAAUUACUAUCUAACCAAUGGAACAUCAUCGAGAAGAAAUGUUUAGCGAAUGUUCACUACUAUUAUUCAACUAACGCUGUACUCUCACUGUGAAACCCAUUUAUUUAUAUGCAACACUAUUUAUGGAAUACAUAAUCUGACUCUUCAGAAUUAUG